CGGCUGCCCCCGUCCAUGGCUUGGCCUCCCCCGGGCAGCAGCAGCUCCGGCUCCCGGGGAGGAGGGGCGGGAGCUGCUGCUCCAUGGGGAGGAAGGGCAGCCCCCGAUCCCCCCAGGCAGAGGGGGGAUCCCGGGCCGCCUCCCCCCCCUCCUCCUCCCCCCCCUCCCCGCUUUGGGCCUUACCCGAGGAGCUGCUGCUCCUCAUCUGCUCCUACCUGGACGUGCAGGCCUUGGGCCGCCUGGGCCAAGUCUGCCGCCGCCUGCGCUUCCUCAGUAGCCGCGAUCUCCUCUGGAGGGGCAUAGCCCGUGGCUGCCUCAACUCCGGCUUCACCCAGCUCGGCACCGACCUAGCGCCUGGCAUUCCUGUGAAGGAAAGGGUGAAAGUAUCUCAGAACUGGAGGCACGGACGAUGCCGGAGGGAGAUCAUCCUGAAAUGGAAAUGCAAUUUGAUGCCCUGGAUAGAGCUGGAUGGGGAGCAUCUGUACCUGUCUCAAGCAGAGAACAUCCAGGCCUACCAGCUGUGUGCAGACGGUGCGGGUUUGCAGCGUCACCCUCAGGCCAUCUUCUCUGGCCACCAGGAAGAUGUAUGUCGCUUUGUUCUUGUCAACUCCCAUAUCGUCAGUGGAGGGGGAGAUGGGAACAUUGUCCUUCACAAGAUCCAUGGCUCCUACAGCGUCAAGUUCUCUGCGCAUGAACAGGAGGUGAACUGCGUGGACUUCCAAGGUGGCCUCAUUGUCAGUGGCUCUCGGGACAGGACAGCAAAGGUUUGGUCCCUGUCCGCGGGCAGAGUUGGGCAGUGUCUACAUACAGUGCAGACAGAGGAUCGAGUGUGGUCCAUUGCUAUCAGCCCAUUAUUAAGAUGAGUCCAAACUCCUUUCUGAGAGAUUUUUGCUUAGUUGUAAGAAUUACUACCCUUGAUGUCCUGGUAUCUUCAUCGUGCAUAAUGCAAGGAGGAUUCAGAGUGUCUGCUCUGCACUGCUGGCAUCCAUCCACUCUGAGGUGCUUCAG